AUGCCGAAACCCCGCCGCACCAUACUUCAAAAGCCUGAUCUUUCCGACGAAGAACUCAGCAUCUAUGACUUCCCAGGAAACGCCGACGAUGGAGCCGCCAAAGCCAACCACUGCGCCGUUGAAGUCCCCGCUCAAGAGUCCUACUCCAAACGUUCUCAAAAGCCCCAAAGUCGCCAACAGCGGGUGUACGGCCGAAAGCCCUUGAAACGUACCCGUCAGACUUCCGGGUCGCCGGCUCGCAUCCGAAAGCCUCGCAAACUGCUCUCCGAGAAGAAACGUCUCGACAACGACCGGGGCAGGGUCACUGAUGAAGACAUCGCGGCAGCGGUGAAGUUCGACAGCAUGAUCUCUAGGGUGACGAAAGUCGACAAAGCUGAGGUCGCUGAGAGGGAGAAUGUCGCCAGCAACUCCGCAAAGCUACAGAAUGGUGACAACGUCUCGGAAGCGACGUCUCAAAUCCCCGACCCGAUCCCUUGCCCCUUCUGCUGGGCUAAGUUUCUGCCUCGCGGAAAGUUUUGGGAUGUGGACAAGUUUACCGAGCAUGUAAAAUAUGAUCACGGCAAGAUCGAGAUUAGCAACAACCAGCAGUACAUCGAGUGCUGGGAGAAGAUUGCGGAGCUGAACUAUGAUAAGGAGUUCCACCAACAGUUCAUUCAAAUCCAGAUACUGGAACAGAGACAGAAAAUGGUGCGGGAAUGGUAUCGUCGAAGUGACGAGAUGAGGGAGAGGGAUAGGUUGGAGCUGGAGGAGAAGAGGAAGGCUCUUUGUGCUGAAUCUGACUCUGAUACGGCUGUCGAAGAUGAUGCUAUGAGGGUUAUUAAUGCUGGAAAGUACCAUUGGCCGCCGCUUUCCAGGAAGACCCUACUUGCGAUGCAAGAGAAGCGUUGUAUGGUCAAAUCCCGAUUCACCACUGCCAAUGUCAACAAUGCGAAUCGGACCGGGGAGCUUUCGAGCAUCGGCAAUGACAAAAAAAGCGUGGAUAUUUCGAACAGCAGCGGCCCGGGCCAACCGAACCGGAAACCCGCAAGGUUAUUACUUCACGCAGUCGAACUUGUCACAAAGAAGGCGGUUACGUCCAGCGGUGAUUAUGAACUCCACGAUCCCAGGCCGUCAACAAACUCGACUCUGGAGAGGAGGGCUAGCCGUGAGGAUGAACUCCACAACCCCAGGCCGUCGACGAACUCGACUCUGAAGAGGAGGGCUAGCGGAGACGAUGAACUCCACGAUCCCGGGCCAUCGACGAACUCUACCCUGAAGAGGAGGGCUAGCGAUGACGAUGAGCUACACAAUCCCAGGCCGUCGACGAACUCGCCUCGGAAGAGGAGGGCUAGCGGUGAACUCAAGAUUCAAGGUGGCAGCGACACUGACGGGUACGAUACGGACGGAGAUGGGGACGAGGAGGGUGAGGAAGCCGUGAGGUCGCACCGGCGAAGGUUGAAUAAUGGAAAAAACGGCGGAAUGGUGGCGGAAAGGUGGCUGUCUGCAGUAGAGGGGAUGGUGGAGACGGCCAAUCUCUCGCUUAACGGCUUGAAGGCUUGA